UUCAAACUGAAAUGGCAUUUGGACAGCGAAAUUCAGUCGCCGUUCUCGUAGUUCUUGUUCUAUAAUUACGUCUUCAGCUUUUUCGUGAAUCCGUAAAAAUUUGUGUUUUUGUGAAAUUCCAGCAAUUAUUCCAGUCAUUUGUGCGCAAUUAUUCGUUAGAAUUUGAUACAAAACAAUAAAAGCGCUUAUCGAUGGCGGUUAAUGUAUAUUCAACGAACGUAACAACAGACAAUUUGUCUAGACAUGAUAUGCUCUCAUGGGUCAACGACUGUUUAUGUGCCCAGUUUAAUAAAAUUGAAGAAUUAUGUACAGGAGCCGCAUACUGCCAGUACAUGGAUAUGCUCUUUCCCGGCUCUGUACCAAUGAAGCGGGUCAAAUUUCGCACCAAUUUAGAGCAUGAAUACAUUCAAAAUUUCAAAAUACUGCAAGCUGCAUUCAAGAAAAUGAGCGUCGACAAAAUAAUUCCAGUUGAUAAAUUGAUUCGUGGCCGAUUUCAAGACAAUUUUGAAUUUCUGCAAUGGUUCAAGAAAUUCUUUGACGCCAAUUACGACGGACGGGAGUAUGAUCCCAGCGAAGCAAGAUUUGGUAUACCAAUGGGUCUGGGUGCAAUACAAAAUGAAUUGGGUGUUGGAGCUGUUGAACAUGUUGCCGUACAUCAAAAGCGACAAAUACAGCAACCGCGUGAAACACGAACACAAGGUUUUCCACAUCAGAAUUCAGGCAUUUCUAAAGUAGUGCCAACAAGAACGGUCGCACCAGUAUCCCGUGCACCAGCUGGAGGCCUUGGAAGCAAGCCAAAAGUUGCUGGUCAUGAAAGUAAUGGAGGUGCUCACAAUGCCGUUAACAGCCAUCAAAUCGACGAGUUAUCUAAUCAAGUUAUGGACAUGAAAUUGAACUUGGAAGGCUUGGAAAAGGAGCGUGACUUCUAUUUCAGUAAAUUAAGGGAUAUCGAGAUUCUCUGUCAGGAGGCUGAAGAGACCGGUCCCCAUCCCUUAGUUCAAAAAAUUGUCGAGAUUUUGUAUGCAACAGAGGAUGGAUUUGCGCCACCCGAAGAAACGGCACCAGAAGAGGAGGAAUAUUAAAAUGAUCAACAAUUUGCAAUGAUUUUAUAUUUUUCCGUAUUUCUGACCGAACUCAUCUUUAAUAACUUUAACUCAUUGGAAAUUAUCUUAUUCAGAAUAAUGGCUUCGGCGGGCGUAAAUAUGAAUGGAAAAAAUCAAAUGAGCCGAUUAUGCCUUUAAAAAUUAAUUACAAACAAACAAAUCUUAUAAACAAUAAGCAACUCUUAAUAACAAAAUUUGUUCAUUUAAAAAAAUAAAUUUCUUUUCUUUUUGUGCAUACAUUUAACAGUGAAACUUAAUUAGAAGCAUUAGUAUUUAUUUCAAGUUAAGCCCGACAUAUCAUAUCUCUCAUUGUCUAAAAAAGAAUGUUGAAACUGACGAAGUAAAAGAUUUUGUGUCAAACACUAAGUAACCGAAAUAACAGAUUUAUUGAUUUUGUUACGACACACUUGCCGUUUCUAAAGGAUUAACCGAUUGCUAGUUGACCGUAACGCCCGUAAUAUGGUCACACUACCAACAACCAAUCAAAAAUGUGCUCUUAUUUUGCGAAAAAGUUUAAUUUUUUCAAACAAAGAAAAAACUUUUUGGAAAUUUUUGAAAUUUUGCAAGUCGAAAAUGUUCAAUUUUUUUUUAAAAAUUUCUUUGAAGUCGGUGUUGUAGCCACGUUUUGAAACAAAAUAUUGCCAUCAACGUCUGUUUUUUUUGUGUGAGUUUUGUAAAAGAUACAAAACUGUGGGACGAUAUUAUGUAUGUACAUUGUUGCUUAGAUAAAUAAAAAUUGAAACGGGAUGGAGAAAAUAAAAAAUAUUAUAAAACGAAAGAGCAUAAACCUAAAAUAUUCAAUAGUCCGCUAAAAUUGUCAUUUUUAUCGGAGAAUUCGAUGCAUUCAUAGAGUAAUUUUCUAAUGAUUUUGAUGGGGCUAACACAAACACCAAUCUGUGGAUGGUAUUUGAAUUUCUUAUGAAUGGAGCGAAUUCACUUCGAGAGGAGAUUGAAACUUUGAAUUUUUCUCAAAAUUGACAAAUUUAGAGCUUAUUCAGUAAAAGAAGAAAAAAAAAUAUUGAAAACAAUUUAACAGUAAGCACAUACACUUUCAAAUUAUAGAACUUUACGGUGUGUUUCGCACAUCGAGCGCAUUUAGUUGCUUCCAUUAUUUUGUUAAUUUUUCGAAAGCAUUUAUAAGUCCAUGAAAUAACCAGAAUCGCAAAAAAAAAGUGAUGAGAGAUUCCAUUCUAAGUGUAAAGAUGAGCUUUUGUAUAGCAUCGCUAAUUCAAUAUGAAACGGUAUAUUAAUUAUACCAUCGCCUGAUGAUUAUUUUUUUCUCCUCCUAUCCAAAUCUUCCAGUUAUCGGGUCGCUAAAUCGUCAAUACAGGACUAAGUCGGUAAAAGAAAAAAAAAACUAUUCCGACUGGAAUCUCUCAAUGAUCGAGCCAAUAUCGAAGUAACGUUUUUGAACCAGUGAAAAAUUCGUUCGCAUUGGACAUUUAGAUUAACAAUUUUUUUUUACAUAAUUAUUAAUAACAUUAUCAUUUACUUACUGUGUUUAAAGGAAGCAUGAAAUUAUUUAUUU